CUGAUCAUAUACAUUAUUUUACUUGGCUUUAUCCCGAUUCUUCAACAUGUUGAUGCAAAAUCGGUUUUGUAUACACCAUUGAGGGUUAACUAAUAAAAGUUGCGAAAUACAGGAAGCCUCACGCGCACUGUCUUUUUUCCCAGUCAAUUUCUGUCGCAUUUUAUCAACUCGUUUGAGGAAAAAGAAAAGAGAAUGGUAGGAUGCUGCAUGCCGCUGAUUGGAUGGAGGGUGGAUGUGCCAAUAGUAUCUGAAUGCAACCUUGAUGCAAGCUGAGACUGCAUAUCUCGAUGCCUAAUGCGCAUGACCUUCAAAAAUUUCUGAUAGCAUAUCUCCAAUUCUUCAUCUCCUGUCAGCACUACUCUUAGUAUGGCGACAGUCAAAGAGAAAACACGGAGAAGAGAUAGCUUAGACAGCCCUCCUAACAUGAGCAGUGAAACACCACUAAGGAUGCUGAUCUUCGGCAGCUCUAGUGAUGUUCAGAUCUCAACUUCCCAGUCUAUAUUGGGGCAAGACGUCUUUUCCAGAUUUGAAGUCAACAUUUUAGCAACCAAGAAAAGCUCAGGGGUCGUUCAGGAAAGAAAAACAACUCUGAUCAAUACCCCAAAUCUUCAGGAUAACAGAGGCUUACCGGAUCGUAUCGUCCAGAGGGAACUGAGGAAGGCUGUUUGUUGCUCUUGUCCUGGUCCUCAUGCUGUGCUGCUCAUUCUAGAUGCGCUUCAUUUGACCGCAGACACUACAGACAUACUUAAGCCUGUGGUGCACUACUUUGGUGAACAAGUUUUGAAGCACAUACUGAUUGUUUUAUACCAAAAGAAAAAUCGGAGAGCUCUGUCCAUAGAGGAUGAGGUGAAGAGGAAUAAGAGCUUUAGGGAGAUUGCAGAGAAAUGUGGCCACAAUUACCUGUUCUUCAAUGAAGAAAUGAACCAGACUCAUGAGGGAAGCCAGACACAAGCUCUGUUCACCAAGAUUGAUGAGAUGGUCUCGGAGCAUGGAGUUUACUCAAACAUGGAGUUCAAGGAUGCUGAUAAAAGAAUUCAGAUCGAGGAGCGCUUCAUCAGAAAAUCCAUGGAGAAGCAGAUCAGGCAGACAAUGGAAAUGCUGGAGAAGAAGCAUUCAGGAGAAGCUCUGGUCAGAGAGAUGAAGAACUAUGAAGAUAAGAUACAGAUAGAGUGCAGAGAAAAAGCAGAGCUGGCCGUCGCUGAUAAAAUUGGCUUCACACUUAGAGUUGUUGAUUAUGCUGUUGCUGUGGGGAAAGGAGCGUUUGUUGGGGCACUUCUGGGGUUUGCAGUGGGAAAUGAAGGAAUGGCAAUCGGAGCUGCUAUUGGUGCUGGUCUUGGUGGAGUACUUGGAGGAGCAGUAAAUGCAGCAUGGAGCUACAUAUCCAGCUCAUUUCCAGAUGCCCUCAGGGAUUCCACCUAGUCCAUUUUUGUUUUUGUUUUUAUUUUUCUGGGGUAAUAUGUAAUUAAAAAUAUUAUAUUUUGUGGGAAUACCCAAAAAUAAAAUUUCUAAUGCACAUAUAUAUCAAUUUUGCUUUAGGAACUUCACUUAGAACUGUUUCUAGGUAUUUACAUUUUUAAAACCCCCAGAAUCUAGAUAUUCAGAUAGUUGUCUCUGGAACAAAUAUUUACCUAUACGCAGUGUUGUACAGUAACAAAUUAAAUACAAAACCUCUUUAAUUAAGUAGUUUUUCCUCAGGAAUUAUCUUUUCUAAAAAUGAUUUUGAACAAAGCCAGAGCAGAAUAUUUGGGCAUCUCACAGCAACACUGCUGCUUUGUCCCUGAAUAAAUCUGCUUUUGAAUUCAAAUUUUGAGUCAAAGAUUAAAUUUCUCUUGAGCUGGCAGAAUAAUUUUUUUUAAAAUAAAUUAUUACUUUGCAACCUCUAAAAUAUAUUCUAUAUAGUAUAUAAAUGAAUGUGCAUGUGGUAGGAUUUGCCAUAGUGAUUUUCUCAAACCUUAUUUUUAAAUUUGAAUGUUGUCACACAUUUUUUAUGAAAGACAGACAUACCAAAAUAUUAUAUAAUACCAAGCCCUUAUAUUGCACGCUGCUUUGUGCUUCACACUACUCAUACAACAGAGGUUAACAAUUAAUCCUGUGGAUUCAAAUGCUGACGUUUUACAGUAAACACUAUAAAACCUUGGGUUGACGACCUUGUUGGCAUGUUCUCAAGUAUUCAGCCUGUUUAUGUAAAGUGUCAAACUUACCUUUAAACAGGGUUGAAAGCAGAAUAAUGGUAACCUGGGUUCACCAAAAAAAAAUUAAUUCUGCUGUAAUUUGCUCAUCUUUAACUUGUUGCAAACUUAUAUUUGGGUUUGGGUUUCUUUAUAUUGUUGAGCAUAUACACACUACAUGACAAAAGUCUUGUCGUCGAUCUCAGUUGUAAGAAGGACAAAUAAAACUUAAGUUGAUUCUUCUAGUCUUUUAGUUGAUCAUUUGAAAAAGUACUGUAGCAGCAGGUAGAUUACUCCCAUGAAUCAUCUGUUGAACUGUAUCCCAAUAACCACAAAUACUGCAAAAGACCUAAUGGAACCCACAUGGAC